CCCCCAAGGCAUUCUAAAUCAUUGGAAUCAUGGCAUCAACCUUGUUCCUCCUCCUGCUACUUCACUCUUUCUUUGUUUCUACUUCUGCUUCUUCCACCACUUCUUUACUUAAUCAAACAGAAACUCUUUUCAAAUGGAAAGCCAGUCUUGACAACCAAAGCCAAAGCUUCCUCUCUACUUGGGUUGGGGACAAGCCCUGCAAUUGGGUGGGAAUCGCUUGUGAUAGAGUUGGAAGCGUCACCAACAUAAGCCUUUCAAAUUUUGGUCUCAAAGGUACACUUGACAACCUCAAUCUCUUAGUCUUCCCCAACCUAAUUCACUUUGAUCUUGGUAAUAAUUCACUUUAUGGGGCCAUUCCUUCUGACAUCGUUAACUUGUCCAAACUCACUUUUUUCAAUUUGUCUAGUGAUAAUUUUUCUGGAAAUAUUCCCAAGGAUAUAGGAAGGUUGAGUUCGCUUGCCGUACUCGACCUUGCUUGGAACCAACUUAGUGGUUCACUUCCUGUUUCUGUAGGAAAUUUAAGCAAUGUGUCUUACCUUGCAGUCCCUGGCAAUAACCUCAACGGUUCCUUGCCUCAGGAAAUUGGAAUGUUGAGUUCAGUUACUGACCUUUACCUUCAAAACAAUUCUUUUACUGGUCCAAUCCCAGCAUCAAUAGGAAACUUAAGCAAUUGUCAAUAUCUUCACCUUUUUGUAAAUGAGCUAUCUGGUUCUAUUCCUGUGGUUUUAGGAAAAUUGAAAAAUUUGUUGGAACUGCGCUUGAAUAACAAUAGACUCAAUGGUUCUAUACCGCAAGAAGUAGGAACGAUGAGAUCACUUCUUAGGCUUGAUUUAGCAUCGAAUUCCUUAACUGGUCUAAUCCCUGCAUCAGUAGGAAAUUUAAGCAAUUGUCAAUAUCUUUACCUUUUUGAAAAUGAGCUAUCUGGUUCUAUUCCUGUGGUUUUAGGAAAAUUGAACAAUUUGUUGCAGCUGCACUUGAGAGACAAUAGACUCAAUGGUUCUAUACCUCAAGAAGUUGGAAUGAUGAGAUCUAUUGUUUUUCUCGAUUUUUCAAUGAACUCCCUAACUGGUUCAAUCCCUGCAUCAAUAGGAAAUUUAAGUAAUUUAUCAUAUCUUUACCUUUAUUCCAAUGAACUCUCUGGCUCUAUUCCUAGUGAAAUAGGAAUGAUUGAUCUUUUUAACUUGCUAUUGUCACAAAAUAACCUCAAUGGUGUUAUCCCUGCUUCUAUUGGAAACCAUACAAGACUUGGAAGAGUAAGGCUUGAAGAGAAUCAACUUGAAGGAAAUAUAUCAGAAGCUUUUGGCAUAUAUCCCAUCUUGGAUUUUAUUGAUUUGAGUGAUAACAAGUUGUACGGUGAACUUUCUCCAAAUUGGGGUCUAUGUCAAAACCUCACAAGCUUGAAGAUCUCCAACAAUAAGGUAUCUGGUAGGAUACCUCCUGAGCUAGCUCAAGCCACUCAAUUGACUCGGCUUGACCUCUCUUCAAAUCAGCUGAGUGGGGAGAUUCCUAAGGAAAUAGGCAAGCUGACAACCCUGGUUUAUCUCUUGCUAAAUGACAACCAACUCUUAGGCAGAAUCACACCAGAGAUAGGAAACCUAGUAAAUCUGCAACAACUCAUCUUGGCAAAGAACAAUCUGGUUGGACCAAUUCCCGAACAACUUGGGAAUUGCUUCAGGUUAUUACAAUUGAACCUGAGCAACAAUCUACUUGGGGAAAGUAUUCCACCUGAAAUAAGCAAAAUAUUUGCCCUUGAAGCCCUUGAUUUGAGUUGGAAUUUGUUAACAGGAGAGAUUCCACAAGAGCUUGGAAGAUCACGUGUUUUGGAAACGCUGAAUCUUUCUCAUAAUAUGCUCUUCGGUUCCAUUCCCCCUACUUUUGAUGACUUGAAGAGCUUAACAUAUGUUAACAUGUCUUAUAAUCAGUUAGAGGGCCCUAUCCCACUUACUAAAGGUUUCCUUCGUGCCCCAUUUGAUGCUCUUAGAAACAAUAAAGGCCUCUGUGGCAAUAUCACUGUUCUCCCGCAUUGUGUAUCCAAAAGCCAGAAGAAAAGUAGCAGCGGACUUGUAAUUUUAAUCAUUACACCAGUUUUGGGCGUUCUAUCUCUGUUAUUUAUCUUGGUGGGGUGUUUACUUCUUAUUUAUCGCAAAAAAUCUGAGACAAAAGAGCGCCAAUUUCGGGAUAUAUUUGCCAUAUGGGGAUAUGAUGGGGAAAUCCUCUAUGAAAACAUUCUUGAAGCUACAGAGCAAUUCAACUCCAACUAUUGCAUUGGCUCAGGAGGAUAUGGAAAUGUUUACAAAGCUCUGCUGCCAACUGGUCGAGUUGUUGCGGUUAAGAAACUUAACCCAUCAGAUGACAAUCAAUCCAUCAAUUUGCGAGCAUUUGAAAGCGAGAUUUGUGCUUUAGCGGACAUACGACACCGUAACAUUGUCAAGUUGUAUGGUUUUUGUUCUAAUGCAGAGUAUUCAUUCCUGAUCUACGAGUUUGUAGAAAGGGGGAGCUUGAGGACAGUUUUGAGCAACCCAGAAGAAGCGGCAGAGUUGGAUUGGGAUAAGAGAUUGAACAUUGUUAAAGGGUUAGCGAGUGCUUUAUCUUACAUGCACCAUGAUCGCCCUUCACCAAUAAUCCAUCGUGACAUUUCUAGCAACAAUGUUUUGUUAGAUUUGGAUUAUGAAGCUCAUGUCUCAGACUUUGGCACAGCUAGGAUUUUGAAGCCAGAUUCCUCUAAUUGGACAUCUUUUGCAGGCACAUUUGGCUACACAGCUCCAGAGCUUGCUUACACGAUGCAAGUAAGUGAAAAAUGUGAUGUCUAUAGUUUUGGGGUGCUAACAAUGGAGAUAAUUAUGGGUAAGCAUCCAGGUGAUCUUAUUUCAAAUUUAUGGACACCAAAUGGCCAACAAAUGUUGCUGAAGGAUGUCAUAGACCAAUGCCUUAAACCUCAGAGGAGGAAUAAGGUGGCUGAGCAAGUGGUUGCUACCAUAAAGCUAGCAUUUACAUGUUUGCAUUCCAAUCCUCAAUUUCGCCCCACCAUGCAACAGGUUUAUCAGGCUCUUACAAGUGGUCGACCAUCUCCAUUGCCAAAGCCAUAUUCAAUGAUAAGUUUGGGAGAUUUGAUUGGAGAUGGACAUGGGAUGCAGGGCUGAGUUGCUUGGAUAUUUAUCAUAGUUCUAGGUUGAAAGGUCUAAUAAAAGAACUUGAAGAAAUGUGGAUGUGUUAUUAGGUUUUCUAUCUACAUUCAACUUGAAGAUGAAUGGGACCGCUUUCUUCUAUAAAUUAGGGAAGUAGUUAAGCUACAUGUUGUGUACGCUACGUGGACUAUUGCACUUUUUCAUUUGUUGUAACUUCUUAGGGUUUUUCUUUUAAUAAAUAAUUUGCUAGUGU